AAAUUAUCUUCCCCAUCAGCACUAGAAAAAUCGAACCUUUGCACUUUUUCUCAGACAGCGCCUGGCAUUAGUCAAUACUCGCUUCCAGUCGAGUCAACGCCAUUGGAGCUCCAGCUCAAUCUCCAUACCAAUUUUAAGGAUUCUCUAGCUCCCUUCCUACCCUUCAUUUCUUUUUUCGGCCGAAGGCAAGAUUUUGAUCGUGAAAAAAAUCUUCUUGCAGUGAUUUCAUCGCAGUUUCUUGAAGUCGUCGAUCGGAGAAAUUUAGGGUUAACAACAAUGGUGAAGGAAACAGAAUAUUACGAUGUGCUGGGUGUGAGCCCUACCGCAACCGAGGCCGAGAUUAAGAAGGCUUAUUAUGUAAAGGCUAGGCAAGUUCAUCCGGACAAAAACCUAAACGAUCCUAUGGCUGCUGAAAAAUUUCAGAUUUUGGGUGAGGCAUAUCAAGUGCUGAGUGAUCCAUCCCAAAGACAAGCUUAUGAUGCUUAUGGGAAAUCAGGAAUUUCAACAGAUUCGAUUAUCGAUCCCGCAGCAAUUUUUGCAAUGCUAUUUGGAAGUGAGCUUUUUGAGGAAUACAUUGGCCAGCUUGCCAUGGCAUCCAUGGCCUCCUUGGAUAUAUCCACAGAAGAAGCGGUUGAUGUCAAAAAAUUGCAGGAGAAAAUGAGGAUAUGUGGGUGCAAUUGGGUAAUAACUUCCUUAGCUCCUUAUGGAUGGAUUGUGGACAUGGACUACGGAACUGCUUACACUUGUUAUCUGAUGGAAAGGGAAGAGAAUCUUGCUGGUAUACUUAAAGAUAGACUCAACCUUUAUGUCCAAGGAAAUAAAGAAGAGUUCAUUCAUCAAGCUGAGGCUGAAGUCGCAAAGCUUUCUAAAGCUGCUUAUGGUGUGGAUAUGCUGAGUACCAUUGGCUAUAUAUACUCAAGGCAGGCAGCAAAAGAGCUGGGGAAGAAGGUGAUGUUGGGCGUGCCAUUUGUUGCUGAGUGGUUUAGAAAUAAAGGACACUUUAUCAAGUCCCAAGUAACUGCUGCUACCGGAGACUGGAUAGUUGAGGACUCGAUGUUGCAGGGAGCUAACAUCAGCUCCCUAUUUUCAGUUAUAGUUCAAACAUUAAUUGUGGGUUUUGUUGCUCUAGGGGCAAUUGCUUUGAUUCAGCUUCAAGAGGACAUGAAAAAGCAGCUUAGUGCUGAAGGAAAUUACACGGAAGAAGAACUCGAAGCUUACAUGCAAUCGCACAAGAAAAUAAUGAUAGACUCCCUCUGGAAGCUCAACGUGGCUGAUAUAGAGAAUACUCUCUCCCGCGUUUGUCAGCUGGUUCUGCAAGACAACAAUGCAAAGAAAGAGGAGCGUCGCUUGCGAGCAAAGGGUUUGAAAGCCCUUGGUAAAAUUUUUCAGAGAGUUAAAUCGGUUAACGAUACAGAGAGUGUGGCAAAUAAGCCGAGCAACAAAUUGGGUGGAAGUGAACCGAGUAACAGUGCUUCUGACACCCACUCAAGAUCUUUAAACAAUGACGAGUCGAAUAACUCAUUAGCGAGUCCAUACGUGGAGACUCCCCAAUAUGCCGCUGGAGGUCAGUUCAAGUUCCCAAUGCCAACUGCACCACCUGGUGCUAACAAGCAAUCGUAAAAUCGCGUGAACAAUUUGAGAGUAUUUAAAUUAUGGUGGAUGACGGUAUGUGUUUAUUUUUUUUCCUGUAAUUUUUCUUCUCAAGUGGUUGAAUAGUGGAUUUGUUUAUUAUUGUGAUUGUAUUGUUUGUAUAGAUCUAGAUUUUUUUUUUAUUUUUUUUUCAUGUUGUCGAACUUGAGAGCUGUCAUGAUAUGUAUUGCAUUCGCUUGCGAUGAAUACCAGUUUGUUAAACGGCUCUAUUUAUUUUUUGGUAGUAUUGAUCCCAUCCCUACAUGGUGAUUGGUGUGUACUUUUUUUCUAUACAGAGAAUAGUGAUUUGGGAUGAUAUUUUUUUGCUUGCAUUUGGCCAAAACAGAUCUGUAUAAGUUUUAUGUUCGUUAGAAUUUAGAGACUUUUGGCAUGGGAUUGAUUAUUAUGAGAUUAUUUGGCUGUUAUUUUCAUGAAUCAACAGAGAAUGAAAGUACUGAUCUUCC